GAUUUCCAUGAUUGAGCGUGUUUCCGUCGAUCCGCGGGCGACUCGUCGAAAUGAGAAUUAUUUCGUCGCGCGUCCAUCGGACGGGCCGCUUUCCGUAGGCUUCCGCGUGAAAAAUUCGACGAGAGCAAGCGAGCGAGCGAGCGAGAAACGAGAUCCGUCGUCCGUCCGGUCCAGGUGCAGCGAUUUAAAAUCGCAUCAUGGCGAUGCGCGGCUGGCCGUGGUGAGCGCCCCUUCCCGUUUUUUCCCGUAUAUUUUUAGCGAUAUCGCGUAUAAAUACUUCGUCGCGAAGAUAUUUCAAUGUAACACCGAUGAGCAGCGAUCGAAACGAAAAUGAGCAAGGGCUGCUGGAAAUUCGACGAGGAGGACAAAGCCUUGUAUAUAGAUCUGGAGGAGGAUACGGAGGAGGACAAGCAGUGCAAGGAGUAUAGCUCCUGGGAUCAGAUACCCGACAUUCUGCUGGAGGAGAUAUUCUCGUAUCUGACUAUUCGCGAGCGCUACUAUGCGUCCCUGGUGUGCCGAUCGUGGUAUCGCGCCUUCAAACUCCAGAACGUAUGGUCCACGUUCACUCUGGAGGAUACCACCCUCACGCGGGGCAAGUUCAACUACUACAGCGGCUGGCAGUACGUCCUGGAUCACAUAAGAACGUCCACGUGUCUGAACAAAGUUGGGAGGAACUUUCGCACCCUUGUGUUCGAGCCCAUGCUGAAUUUCUACAAUCUCUACGAGUUUAUGAACAUGAUAUCGUGGUACGCCGAACGGCAGGGUUCGGACAACACGUCUGUGGCCGGCGUGGGCACCUACAUUCGUAGGCUCAAGUUCACCUUUCCCUGCAACAUGGCGAACAGAGACGAUCCCGAUCGAAUCCGGGUCUUUGGCACGGGUGGAAAACUGCUGGAGGCUCUCAAGAGGCUCAUGAGGAACCUGCAGAAUCUCAGAUGUUUGGAGCUGAUAGAUCUGAUGCUCGAGAGCAACGAAGCGUUACACUUGAUGGACGACAUUUGUAUGAAUUGCACUCAGACCUUAUCAAAAUUGAUAUUGAUAAAUACCACACGUUACAAUUGUCCGUUAUUACAUGUAGGAGUAUUCCUUAAUUUAAACGUCUUAGUUAUUAGUCCCCAAAAUUUGCACGAGGAUAUAAUAGAACUAAUAGGCUACACGAAAUUAAGGCACCUUCAUAUUGUACAAAAUCGUUAUAGUCCAAAGGACACUACCAUAAGAUUGCCAAAGAGAUCAUCUUGGGUCAAGAUGAGAGCAAACAAUCCCUAUUUAAAGGUACACUUUGAAAUAGAGAGUCACAGAGCUACGGAUAUCCUUUUGCCUGUCGAUUUAUUGGAACACAGCGCCAUACCGUGUCAUAGUAUAGUAUUGGAUAAUCCAAACACACAAAUUUCGCCGUCCAUGAUACACACUCACAGAGCCUUUUUCGAUUCGACGAUACGGGUAUACGCCUUCAAGGGAGUAACGAGAUACUAUCUACACAGGAGCUUCACUAAGAGAUUGGACGAGGCGUUAUUGCAAUUUUGCCGAAUGUGCCCGAACCUGCACACACUGAUGAUUCGAGAUAAAAUAUCGACCGCUACGAUUUUAGAGAUUGUCUCUAUCGCGAAAUGCUUGCGCUGUUUGUACGUGCGGCGAAACGUAAUCCUGAAAAGAUGUGAUAAAGCCUGGUUGAAAAUUCUGGAUCGAUCACCCGAGUAUUACCAAUGGAUCAAGGUAAAUAGCCGUAGUUAUGAGAACACGGAGAGGGAAGUGUCUAGAAUAUUGGGUUAUCGAUGGCACAUGCUAUCCGAGAAAGAAUUUAAGGCACAAGUGAUCAAUUUACACACAUAGGUCUCUUACGGAGCGACUCAUGUGUGUUACAGUAAAAACGUAAAUGGUUGUAUGCAUUUAUUAGUAAAUUUAUAUUUCGAAUUAAAAUUAUUUGUUUUUACCUUUUAAAUUUCCAUUCUUCUUAAAUUGGUUUUUUCAUCACUUAAUUUUUAUGUAAUUGUUAAUAAACUUUCAGUAAUUGUAUAUAAUUACUAAUAAAAAAGUGUAUACAAAUUAAUAAAUUUUGUUUUUACUGUAACAUAAGUAAUUAAGAACUCGCUUAAUUUUUUAAUUUUGAGAUCUUUUUAUAUAAUUAUAUAUUAAUUUAUUAUAUUUAUAUACGUAUAAUGUGAAAUGAGGCUGUAGAUUGGUUGCCAUGACUAUACGCUUAAUAUUAGUGAUAAGUCUUGUAUUACGUGCAAUGUUAUUUUUACGUAUCACUAUUAGCGAAUUCGGUUGGACGCACUAGUGCAGUCCAACCGAAUUCGCUAUAUGUUGCAAUCGUGAUUGUAAAAGCUGUUAUCAUGGGUAUAUCGAAAGAGAUUGAAAUGUACUUAAUUAAAAGAUUGUAUUAUGAUUUCGUGAUUGUAUGCUUUUUUUUGUUUUUAUGGAAGUGACUGUGAUCGAUGUUUUUAACCGCUAAAGAUAUCGGGAUUUGUAGAUAUUUACUGGACUGUUCUAUAGAGAAAGAUGUAUAAUAAUGUAAUAAAACAAAUAAUUUUAUCUUUAUAUAAUCUA